AUGGGACGCGGAGACGACCGUGAAACACAUGAAGUUCAAAAGACACUCGAUCAAACGCUGGCCGAAGCCAUUUUGGGCGUUAGUAAGGUAAUCAUUUUGGUUUUUGUCUUUGUUUUUAGGCUUUUUAGAGAAGAAAGGAGGAAUUGCCGAUGUUAUAAUUGAUGUUGAGGUUGCGGUUUGCGUUUUUAAUGUUGUGUAAGGUCAGAUCAAAUUGAAUUUUAACUUAUUAUAAGGUUAAAGGUCUUUGUGACGUAAAAGGGAGCUUUUUGUUUAUGUUUAUUGCAUUUUUGAAGAAAAAUUAAGGAUAUUUGAUAUUACUCUAGAUAUAAAAUCUACUUUUACUCUUUUUGGUAUGAAAUUGGGUGCUAACUUUGUUGAUUUAUUAGUAUUAGAAGCUUUUGUGUCUGUGUAAGGUAUAACGAAAGGUUUGAUUUAAACUUUGUUGGCAGUUUUUGUGAUAUGAACACUUGUAUAUUAUAAUAGGCAUCAAUUGAACAAGUUAGUCUUUUUGAUUCCACAGCUAUACCUGGACGUUUUUUAAUGGUUGUGACUUCUAUAAGAACUUCAAAGUUUUUUUUCAUUUGUAAUAAAUGGUUUUUGAGAAAUAAGUUAACAAAUUUUUAUGAUUAUUACACUUGAUAUUAGAAUGUUGCUUUGGUUUAGAGCUCACAUGUGCUCGCAGUUUGUUUAAUUUUGCUUUAUAGUUGUAUCAGAUUCAUUUUUAAAUGUUAUUUGUUGUUUGAAAUUUGCAGGUAUGCUGCUUUUUGAGAUACCAGACUUUUCUUAUAUUACCCUUGACAUCAGAUGUUGUGGUGUUUUUAAAGUUUAAUAUCGGUAGUUUCUUGUUGAUGUGACGUUUAGUAGCAUAGGUAAUAUGUUUUUAAAGGAAUGAAUAAGUUGUUUGUUUGUCGCGGUUUCAAAUACGGUUUUUUCGAUAUUACACUUGGCAUUUGUUGAUUUUUAUUAUUUUUUCUAUUUUUUCGAUUUUUUUUUGAGGAAUUUGGCGUUUUGUGGUAAUAUUUAUGUAGCGUUUGAUGUAAAGAAGCUUAUUUUGUCUUUUUUUUCAGGUAAUUAAUUUGUUUCCCAGUUUCCAAAACAAGGCCAAAGGGCACAAACCAAGAAAUGCUGCUACAGCGAAGGAUUCCGCAUCUCCAGACCAAUCAGCUUCUAACACAUCGUCAACAAGAGAACAGUUAUCGUAUGUUGGGAAUCCUGGUCCAAAAAUUGAAGAAGUGAGUGAAUUGAGCUUAGUUUUAUAUUGUUUUAUAGACAAUUUCAUAUUGUUAUAGUAAAUUGAUGGCUAUGUUAAUAUAUUUGGUUUCAGGAUCACGGCAAAGGUUUGGUGAACCGUGAUCGGGUAGUAGAAUGUCAAGAAAUGAUGUAUGUGAUUAGAGAAGCGAUGCCUAACGACGCGAAAGAUCGUUUGACACCGCACGAGAUUAAGAGGUUGAUCAUGAACAAGGAUAAGAUCGGACUUGGGUAAUGUUUUCGAAGGGUUUGAUGGUAUUUUUGAUUUGAAAUUUAAGUGAUAUGGCAUGAAGAUUGUAAUGUUGUUAUUAAAUUGAGAGUGUGAUCGAGGAGUUAUAGGCAAAAAUUGGCAGUUUAUCGCUAAUAUUGUCCAUCUUAUAGUAGAUGAUGAAUUUUUAAAAAACUAGGGAGAGAUUAGAUUUCAAAUUUGUACAAAACAGUGAUAAGAAUAUGGGAAACACUUUAAACUUUAAAUUUAAUGUUGUCAACAAACCUAAUAUAACUUAUAUUGUAGUAGAUGCCCGUGUCCAUACAAUUUCAUCCCAAAAACUCGAAUUCAGCCGACAGCCUUCAGUUCAGGGGAAUCAACCGACGAACCAGAUCCAAAUGUCAAUUUGUGCAGAUCGAAUCGACCAUCGAAGAAAAAGAAGCCGACAUCAACGCUGGAUGGAGAUAUCUUGAUGUCCAAGAUUGAAACUGAAGGAAUACAACUGAAAAUGCCAACGAUUAAGGUGGGUUUUUGUUUUUUAAAGUUUCUUUGUUUAUAUAGGGUAUGAGGGAUGGCAAUGGUGAUUAGAAAGGGUUUUUAAUUUUGGAAAUUUGUUUUUUUUUGGAAAAAUUUUUCGUUAAAAUAUGUUGGAAUUGGAAGAAGAAUUUAAAAUUAAUUAUUUUUUUCAAUUUUUUUUAUUUUUAAACUUAUAAACACCCUUUUUAACACGUUUUUACUCCUUCGAACCCACUAAUCAGCCCCAAAAGGAAAGGGUUCGAAAAGGAAAGAGAGGGAGUCGUGUACGCCCAUAGCCCGUUGAACGCACGCCAUCCCGUCCGAUCUGGCAAGUUAAGCAACGGUGCGCUUGAUUAGUACUUGGAUCGGAGACGUCCUUGGAAUCUCGAGUGGCGUACGCAUUUUUGCCAUAUAAUGCUAGUUUUUGGUACUACUUUUGGGUUUAGGGGUAAAAAAGGGUUGUUUCAUAUUAUUUUAGUGGGGUUUUUGAAUAAUAUUUUUUUGGGUUUGAUCUAAAAGGAUGAUUUUUUGGCAUUUUGUUUGCACUUUUUGUUUUUGUACGCUUUUUGAAGCCAUAUUUUUGUUGUUUUUGAUAAUAUCAAUGAGCUAGGAAGUGUAGUAGGUGUUUUUAUACUGUUUUAGGAGGUCUUUUUGGCGUUUUUUUUUAAAUUAUUUGGCGAUUUUAAUACCCUUUGCUUUUAGGUACCUGGUGAUUUGGCCAAAACCUACUCGUUAUCAUUUGAUUUGGAGCUGAAAAACGGCCGAAGGCCCUCGAGUAUCGUGACAAACACAUUUGAACUGAAGAAUGACCAAGUCGAACGAAUCUUUGUUGAUGGAAAAGAGUUUGUGAAAGUCAGCCGUGUCUAA